AUCAUAAGCAUCAUCAUUAUAGUGCGCAGAGAGGCAAGGCAUGCAACACACUUACGAGAUUAAAAGACAAUAUUAAUAAUAUUUUCAUAGAUUAAAACAUACGACUGAAGCGACCUUUUAGAUAAUAACUUUGCUAUUUACCGAAUUCUCGACCUCUGGUGUGUUGAGAAAUUGCUAUAUUCUAGGUUUAAACCAUUGUUGUGAUUACACGGGCAAUAGAUAAGGCUUAGACAACCCUGAUUCUAUAUAAACAAGAGACUUGAAUUAAAAGGAGAAAGUUUCUAGUUGGUUACGUGUGUCGUACCUUCGUAUCCGAAUUUUCCAACUACAAAGAUAACCCAGAAGAAGCAGGACUUAUCUUCCUAUUUUAAAACUGAAAAGCAUUAAGGGCAGGUUUCUUUAUUGUUUUUUUCUUUACAUUGACAACCACCUACAAAAUGGGUAAAUCGGCAGUGCAGCCACGUGGAUCAGCAUCUUCUACUCCGGCUUCGUCUGUCAAUAACGCGGUGAGUGGGAGUGCUAGUCCCAAAACAACUUCAAGUUCCAAUAUGGGGGACAUUCCUAAAAGGAGUGAACCACGUAGAUUUGACCAGAAUAUUUCUGGUUCACAACUAGAUAAAGAUGACGAUAAACUUGGAGAGCUUGGUAACAGUAUUGCUGGGAAUAAUGGACAACAUUCCAAUUCCCAGAGAAGGAAAAGUCUGGUGAAUUCCAAUUUUCUUUUCAAUCCUGCUCGUCAAGACCUGAUCAGUUCAUUAUUGAAUAGCUAUCUGACUACUGCGAAUGUUCCAAAGACUAGUAGUAGUACAAGUGGUGAGUAUGGCACAAAUCCCGCAGGUGGGAUUUACCUCAAUAACUCAGGUAGUUCAACUUCUUCAUCUCAAUUACCGAAGUCUCAACUGAUAGAUUCAAACUUUCCAAGCUUUUAUAUGGGUCAUAAGGAUUCCGGGAGCUCUCAAACUGAAUCUAGGCCACGUGGUGACAGUGUAUUUCUCCCUCCUCCAAUUACUCCUACUGUACGUACUGGGAAUGAUGAACAAUUACUGCGUCAGCAAAUACUGCUGCGUCAGCUACAAGAGCAACAACCGCCACAGCAGCAGCAGCAGCCACCACAGCAACCACAACAACAUCAACCAUCCUUGAAUUCAAGAUCGAAUAGUAUAUUCAGUGCCCUUAUUCAACUUCCAGCUUCAAACGGGAAUUCAUUUAGUGGCCAAUCGGGGGGCCCAAGUAAAUCCAGUUCACUUUCUAAUAAUGCUGUUUCGACGGGAGGAAAUUUGCUUCUGAGAUCAAGGCUUCCAUCUGUUGGAGGUCCUGGAGCAGGUGCGGAUUUUCAAUUUACCGCCCAAGAAUUUGAAAACUUUUUAAAUAAAGAAAGUUUAGGUGGAUCAAUUUCGUGGCAACAAGCUACCGAUCCUAAAGCACAAGGAUCGAAAUCUAAAAGAGGAUCGGUAGAUGCAAACUUUUGGGAAGGUUUGGGUAACCAUACCGAGUCCAUUGUUGGGCUUCCUAUUAGUAGUGGGAGUAUUAGUAGUAUUUUAGCUGGGAUAACUAACGGGAAUAUUCAAUUCAGUGGCAUGAACAAUGAACAAAGAAGGGAUUCUAUAUUGAAACUUAUCAAUGAACAGCAACUACUCCAACAGCAACAACAACCAAUGUCAACACAACCGAAACAACUGCUGAAAAUGGAUCAAUCAACUAGUAAGAAGGAUUUUGAAGGAAGUACUAGACUUCGUGAGGAUAUUUUCGAUAAGAAUGCUGGAGGGUCUGGAAUAGCUGAAGGGAAACGUUUACGAGAAUCAAACGAUCAAGGCUUGACUAUUGGAGGCCCAGUAUCACCAUCGUCUAUGAAUUCAAGGUCCGCUGGAACAAAGGGUAAUUAUUCGAAGGACGAUGAAUCUCAUUCUCCGAAGACAUCACCCAGUGGAUUCCAAGUAAAAAUGAGAAAGGGUAACCCAAAUGAGAGACAGCAGCAAGUUCAACAGAAUAUGGGAGUGCCACCUCAAUCUGGGGUAUUCUUACCAACUCGUCAACCAAAUAAUUACCCUGGAACAGUCUUUCCACAACAAGUACCAUCACAUGGAUACCAGAUCCAGCAGUCGUCAAAUCCAUUAGUUAAUCCUAACGUACCUAAUCCUAAUGAUACUAGUAAUACUGGAGUGAUGAAUGAAAAUAAGAAUCAAAUGUUGGCUCCUGUGCAGCUGUUUAUGAAAUCAGAAGAUGAUAGGCCGCUAUUGGGGGCAACAAAGAUUGACCAACUUAUGUUAGUGAUCCAAGCGAGGGAUAAAGGGGUGAAAACAGCUAUUCCCCAAGGAAUGGAUGGGAGUGUUCUUGCCAAUCCUGAGACUGUUUUACAAGAAUCACAAGAUCAAGAUUCUGUAGGAGUUGUACCUCGACCAAUUGGUCUUGUCGGGGGAAUCCCCCAUAAAAAGGGUGGAGUAAAUGAUAAGGAACAAGGAGACUCUAACAGUUCUCGAGAUGAACAUCAAUGUCCCUAUUGUUUCAAAUAUUUUACACAACAAACGCAUUUGGAAGUCCAUGUACGAUCUCAUAUUGGAUACAAGCCGUUUGAAUGUGAAUAUUGUCAUAAAAGAUUCACUCAAGGAGGUAAUUUGAGGACUCAUUUAAGAUUACAUACUGGAGAGAAACCAUUCACUUGUGAGAUAUGUGGAAGGUCAUUCAGUAGAAAGGGUAAUUUGGCAGCACAUAAGCUCACCCAUGACAAUUUAAAGCCAUUUGCUUGUAAACUUGAUGAUUGUGAUAAGGCAUUUACUCAAUUAGGUAAUCUCAAAUCUCAUCAAAACAGAUUCCAUCAAGAAACUUUAAAUGAUAUGACCCACAAAUUUGCAGCAUUAACAGGAGCACAGAUUAAUAAUUUACCACCACAAGAAAGAGAUAUGAUGAACUAUUUCAAAGAUUUGUACAAAAACUCAAAUAAGGGUAUCAGAGGAAGAGGUAAAGGAAGCAAACAUGCCAAUGACCUGCAACAAGAUGGUUCGUCGAUAUCGCCUCCUAAUUUAGGGGUUAAUGUAGGAAACAAUGGCAUGCCUCCACUAUAUAAUGGAAGAUUGGAUAUGUGAUCCAUCCUGAUUAUUGAAUUUCGAAAGGUCUGGCCCAUUAAAAAUAUCCAGAAGAAAGUAGGACCAGAGCUGGCUCAGGUAAACCCAUUUAGAUAAAUUAAAUACCAAUGAAACCGUUAUCAAUA